AUGGCGAAUCUUGCGAACACCAUGGAGGCAAAUGCUGUUGCGACGCUGCAGGCUCUGCAGAGGUUAGGCCAACCGACUGAAAACGGAAACAGGGAUGGAAAUGGGAACGAUAAUGUGGAAGGAAAUGGUGAUAACAUGGGAGGUGCUCCGAUGACCUUGGCUACUUUUCUCAAGGUUCAUCUGCCAAGUUUCAAAGGUUCAACCAACCCUACAGAAGCGGAUAAUUGGUUUCAGGCCAUGGAGCGUGCUUUACAAGCACAACAUGUUCCGAACAACCAGUAUAUGGAGUUUGCUGCGUAUCAGCUUUUGGGAGAGGCUCAGCAUUGGUGGCAAGGAGAAUGCCACUUGCUCCAGCUUCAGAAUGCCGACAUCCCUUGGGAUCGUGUGCCAGGUACCCCAGAGACCUACGAGAGCUGGAAGUGCAUCAAGUAUCAAAGGGGCUUGAAGGAUGAUAUCAUGACUGCUGUGGCUCCUUUGGAGAUUCGGAUUUUCUCCGAUUUGGUGAAUAAGGCGAGAGUUGUUGAGGAAUAUGCAAAGUCAGUAGCCUCAUCAAGGGACACUCCUGGAGGAAACACUAGUAAGGAACGUGACGAUCACCUUGGACCAAGGGGACAGAAUUUUAAGAAAGAUGGACAUACUCCUCAACAUCUGCAAGGUCAAGGGAACUUCAGAAAGGACAAUAAUGCCCAGUUUCACCUUAUGAAAGGGAGUCGCCUGUGUUAUGCUUGUGGACUACCUGGGCACCUAGCCAAGAACUUCCUCCGUAAGGAAAACCAGAACAUGGGUCAGAAUCAACAACCAGGCCGUGUGAUCACCAAGGGUGCAGAAGAGGCAACAAAGUCGGAUCCGCUAAUGCGAGGUAAGUGCAUAAAGUUGUUGUGA